GCUAAGGAGAAAACCAAUGGAGGUGCUUUGCGCCUACGGUUCUUCAUGGUAGCGGAGCGGGACACGAUCCUGCUGAUUGAGCCCAUCACGCAGUUUGCACUGCUCAGGGAGCUGAGCUUUGAUGGCCGACCCUCCGGCUAUCGGGACUUCAGGCGGAAGGUCAUUCUUGGAGUGGCCGGCUUGGAGGACAAGAUCCAGCAUCUGGCUGGACCUAGGCUUCUGCAGCGUCUGCAUGGAGAAGCCUGGCGGGCAACGGAGCACCUCACGGUGUCAACGUUGCGGAGCACAGAAGGUUGGCUUCGAGUGCUGAAGGCCCUGGACGAGCACUACAAGUAUCUGCCAGAGACGGAAUUACACGAGGCGAUAGAUGAGUUCAUGUUCCUCCUCAAGAAGCGCAACAACGAAGGCGCUACAGCGUUCGCCUCGAGGUUCAAGACCCAGCUCAGCAGAGUACAAUCGCUCAUAGCCCAGGAGCGGGAGACCUCUAGGCGGAAGAGGAAUCUGGAGAGGAUGGAUCCCGAAGUGAAACUCCUGAUGCAGCUGCUGCCGCAGACACUGCAUCGGUUCCUUCGGCGAGCCCUGGAGAACGAGAAGGUUCUGUGCGAAGCGGGAGCCACCGUAGUCAUCGUGCUGAUGGAGCCGGUACUGCUGCCGGAUCCACACGGAGCUCAGGUCGUGGUGUUCGACGACCUCGAGAAGAAGAUGAGGCCAGUGUUCCCGCAAUCAGUGCUUGGGCACCUGUUCAUGCGGAAGUUUGGCCUCAGUCGGGAGCAGCGCGCUCAGGUCAUCCGGGCUACGGGAGGUUCCUCCAGGUUUCAGGAUGUGGAGCGCAUUAUGCGCGCGUCAGACAUGGAAGAUCGCCGCCCGGAGCAACGUCCACAGCUGCCCCACAAGGGCAAGCGGGAGGUCUACGCGAUGGAGUACGGCGACGACUCUAGCGAACUCAUCGAGCCCGACUUCGAGGACUCCGACGAAGAGGUCAAUGCGGUCUACCAGGAUGAGUACGACCCCGAGGAGGACCCCGAGGAGCAAGAAGAGCUGGCCGAGAUCUACGCAGUCCAGCAGAAGGCGAAGAAGGAGUUCAAGAAGAGCUACAGGACCUACAAGGAGUCGAAGAAGAAGGUCCGCGAGAUCAAGCGAGCUAGGCAGCCCUACUUGCCGGUGGUCGCACUUCAGGAGAGCGAUCCCAGCGGUCCGUCACAUGGGUCCGCCAAGCCAGUCUUCAAGUACGACAAGAAACCGGCAAAAGGCGCAGGAAAGAAAGGCGCUGACCGGAAGCCUGUCCGGAAGGAAGAGGCCCACCUCGCCGGCGAGUCCUUCAUCACCGAGUUCAACUACAUGGUGAAUACCGACGAGAUGGAGGUGCUGCUCAACUCGAUCCCGAUCGGCCGUGCCAUCAUCGACACGGGAUGCACUUCCAGUGUGGUUGGAGAGGACACCGUCGAGGCCCUGACCAAGCACUUCAUCAGUCAGCAAGUGCCAGCUCCACAGGAGGUCAGUCUGCCUCCAGUCGAGCUGAAGGGAUUCAACGGCCACACGGAGAGAGCCACAAAAGGCCUCAAGUGGCUGGUGAGGCUUGGGUCAUUGUGGGGCUACAUCACCACCUACGUGAUCCCAGGUAAAACCCCGUUCCUGCUGUCUCGUAAAGUGUUGCAGGGCAUGGAGGCCACCUUGGACAUGGGCAACCUCACCAUCACCAGCAAGAAGCAUGGGAUGAUCCGGGUGCCACUUCAACAAGCAGCCAACGGGCAUUUGAUGAUGCCGCUCUUGGAUGAAGGCUUGGAUCAGAGUUGGCAGCCAGGACGUGAUCCUCGCCAGAACCAUCGUGAAGGCGAGACUCUGGUCAUGGACGAUAGCAACUACGAGCCCUACGUGGAGCCGUCGGACGAGAAGAUUGUGGAGCCCGAG